AUGGGGGGCAACCAGUCAUGGAUCACAGAAUUCAUCCUGGUGGGAUUCCAGCUCCGUGCGGAGAUGGAAGUGCUCUUCUUCUGCUGCUGCUUUGUGUUAUAUGUCCUCAACCUGCUGGAAAAUGGCCUGCUCUUGGGACUCAUCUGGCUAGACGUCAGGCUGCACUCCCCCAUGUACUUCUUCCUUUCUCACCUGGCCAUCAUUGACAUGUCCUACGCUUCUAGCAAUUUGCCCCAUAUGCUGGAAAACUUGAUGGUUCUGUUUUUGACUUUUGCUGCUGUAGAGUGCCUGAUUUUGGUGGCGAUGUCCUAUGACAGGUUUGUGGCCAUCUGCCGUCCCCUCCAGUACCCUGUCCUCAUGAGUUGGAGAGCGUGCACCAUCCUGGCCAUCACUUCCUGGGUAUGUGGAUUUUCCCUGGCCCUGGUACAUCUAAUUCUUUUUCUAAGGUUGCCCUUCUGUGGGUCCCCAGAGGUGAACCACUUCUUCUGUGAAAUAUUAUCUGUUCUCAAAGUGGCCUGUGGUGACACUUGGAUCAAUGAAAUUUUUGUCUUUGCUAUUGCUGUGUUUAUCUUAGUUGGGCCCCUUUCCCUGAUUCUGGUCUCCUAUGUGCGCAUCCUCUGGGCUGUCCUGAAGAUCAAGUCAAAGGAAGGCCGCAGAAAAGCCUUUUCCACUUGCUCCUCCCACUUCUGUGUGGUUGGCUUCUACUUUGGCAUAGCCAUGAUGGUGUACCUGGUCCCAGACAAUAGCCAGCAAGAGGAACAGCAGAAAAUCCUAUCCCUGUUUUAUACCCUUUUCAAUCCAUUGUUGAACCCCCUUGUUUACAGUCUAAGGAAUGCUCAAGUGAAGGCUGCCUUCAACAGAGCAUUGCAGAAAAAGAAGACAUUCUAA